UUUCAGGGACUGCACACGUUGAUUCUGAAUAAAAAUAGGAAACUUAGUGACAACGGCGUGAGAGGGCUGGUAAACGUCUUGAAAGACGAUUUCUGGUUAAAAAACUUAAGCCUGAGAUGCUGCGGAUUGACGAAGACCAGCGGGGAAGCAAUUGUCGAGCUUUUGCAAACAAAUAGCGUAAUUACGAUGAUAGACCUCGGAGAAAAUGAGGUGCCACCUAAUAUUUUACUCACUCUCUCGAAUUUAUUGAGGCAAAGGCAGCUGGGAGAAAGAAUCUCGCUGAGGAAGCGAUUAAUGUCCGUGAACAAAAAGGGACUGUCCGACCAGAAGAUAUUAAAAAAAACCAAACAAUGCCCGCGGACUUUGAAGAAAAGUCAAAAUCGACACUCCUCGCAAAAGAGCUUGCAAGCAAAUCGUGGAAACGGAAAGCAGGCCAAGACGAGUGGUACAAAGAAACGAAGAAAAUUGCAUAAAAAACGGCCCGCGAAAUUGCCGAGCCGAAAGAUCGUACUCGAUGCUCGCAAAGGUAAGGACCUUUGUAACGACCAUAGCCUGCAGGAAUUGUCAUUACGUUUGUCGAACGUUGUCGAUUGCAACGGUACGCUGCUGAGAGAUCUGGAGAAAGGCCGCAAAUUGCUCGAGAGGGAGAAAAAACUCCGACUGAAAGCCGAGGAUGAGUGCGACGUGUUGAACUCCGAGGUGGAAAAAGUCAAAAGUGGUAUCAUUACCCAGGGCGAUAUUCGGUCGAAGGCUUUGGAGGACAGUGAACUCUGCAAGGACCUCCGAUGUGUCUUCGGCAAGCUGGAGAACAUAACGGAAACUAAAGAGAUUGCCAGCCUCGCGAAAGAGAACCGAGAACUCGCGUACAAAAAGAAAAAGCCGAAAUUAAUCGGCAACUCGAUUUGCCGAAUUAAUGCCAAACCACCCAGGCGGAGAAUGGUCAAUUUUAUAACCGCGUCUUCUUCGCGUAAUUAAAUAAUAUCUUCUGAAAUGUACAAAUAGCAGGAUUAAAUCUAUGAAGUGUAGUAUUAACGGA